GUGUAUUGUGUAGUCAGUGCACGAGAUCAUAACGGGAGGUGAAGAAAAUAACAUAAGCAUAAGCAACAUAAGUUCACCGACUCGAAGCAUAAAAGACUAGAUAUAUGACACUGGAUAGUCAGAAUAGAGAAAGAAGCCCGUAAAUUGUGGGAGUUUACACAAGAGUCGAAACAAGCACACGUGGAUAGAUCCAUUCUCGUAAAAAGAAGCAGGAUUAACAGACCGGGCAAGAACGUUGAAAAGCAGGAACAAACCAUGGCACCGACGAGUAAUUUUGAGCUUUCCGAUAUUGUCACAAUCAACAUAUCCAACUCACAAAAUGAUACUGUAUCGUUCGAACGGAAAUACAGCCGGACGUUGAAGAUCUACGAGUUUAAGGCGAAGCUGGAACCAAUUACCGGUGGGAAUGCUGGUACAAUGCGGCUCGAACUGUACAGUGGGGAAAGAUUGGUGUCGAAGCUGGACGAUGAUAGCCAACCGUUGGGUAAAUAUCCGGUCGAGGAUGGUAUGCGAGUGCACGUUGUCGAUCAGUUCCAGUGCAUCCAGGAGAAUGUGCCGAAGUUCGAGCUGUCGCAGGAAGAGUACGACAAGAAGGCGGACAGUUUGCGCAGCUUUCUGAAGAAAAACAAACUCGGCAAAUACAACGAGGACGAGAUGGCCAAACAGGAAGAGGAACGGAAGCGACAAGAGGAGGAAGAUAGCCGUAAGCUCGACGCCACUACCAUCGGGGCCCGAUGCCGGGUGACGGCGAAAAACAAUCCGAUCCGGCUCGGUACCGUCAUGUACAAGGGUCCGCUGGAUGGGAAACCGGGCGUAUUCAUCGGUGUCAAGUUUGACGAACCCCUCGGAGUGAACGAUGGCAGCGUGAACGGCAAACGAUACUUCGACUGUGGACCGAAGUAUGGCAGCUUCGUCGCACCGAAAGCGGUCGAGGUGGGCGAUUUUCCACCGGAAGAGUUUUCCCUCGAUGAUGAGCUGUAAAAGCCAGCCAGAUGGAUGUUCCAGCGAUUCUUUUCGCCAUUCCAAUGCAGUGUGUAUGUGUGUUUGUGCUUGUGCACGCUUUGCUAAAGUGAUAUAAUGAUGGAGAAUAGAAGAAACAGGAAUCAGAAUCAUUUGAAUCGAGUGCAUUUUGUCUCUCUUGUAGCUAACCUUUCAUGCACUUUCGUUUCUAUUUUAUAGCAUACGUUGUAAAACGUUCUACAUUGUCACUAUGUAACGCUAAUUUGUUCUUUUUCAAAUAAAAAUGAAU